AUGUCUUACUUACAGCAGUGCAAGCAGCCCUGCCUGCCCCCCCAGGUCUGUGUGCAGAAGUGCUCCAAGUGUGUGGAGCCCUGCAAGACGGUCUGCGUGGAGCCCUGUGGGGAGGUCUGUGUGAAGCCCUGCCCUGUACCCUGUGUGGAGGUCUGCCCAGCACCCUGUGCCACCCAGUGCACCCAGUCCUGCAGCACCCAGUGCGUGGAGUCCUGUGCCCCCCGGUGCAUUGAUGUCUGUGUCAAGCCUUGUCCCACCCAGUGCCCCCAGUCCUGCAGCACCCAGUGCGUGGAGCCCUGUGCCCCCCGCUGCAUUGAUGUCUGUGUCCAGCCCUGUCCCACCCAGUGCCCAACCAAGUGUGUGGAGCCUUGCCCAGCCCCCUGUGUGGAGGUGUGUGCCACCAAGAGUGUUGAAACUUGCGAGACCGUGUGCCUGGAGCCCUGCACCACCUGCUGCUCCCGUCCCUGCUGA